AUGGCUACCCCUAGUGUCCUAGCUUUUGACGCUGAGGGUCGCGCCAUUGAUUUUGAGGUCUGGUUAGACGACCUGCAGCUGUUCUUACAGUGCGACAGAGCAGACAGCCUUUCUCUCUUUGACCUCACCUCUGGCGCCUCUCCUGCUCCUGCUGCUGAUGCUGAUCCCACUGUCCGCUCUCAGUGGGCCACCCGCGAUGCUGCUGCACGUCUUGCUGUGCGUCGCCACCUCCCUACCUCUGAGCGUGCGCACUUUAGUCAGUACAAGAGUGCUCAGACCUUGUACGACGCUGUAGUUGCGCGCUACUCCUCCCCUGCCACUGCUGCACUGAGCCGUCUCAUGCUUCCCUACCUCUUUCCUGACCUCUCUGCCUUUCCCACUGUCGCUGACCUCAUUACGCACCUCCGCACUAGUGACACUCGCUACCGCGCCGCCCUUCCUGCUGAGUUCUGCGCUAAGAACCCCCCCCCCAUGUACAUCACUCUCUACUACGUAGUCGCGCGCCUCCCUGACUCCCUUCGCGUAGUCAGGGACCACUUUCUCGCUGUCUGUCCCACCACCCUCACCGUCGACGUCCUCGAGAAGGCCCUCCUCGCGGCGGAGAAGAGCAUCGUCGCUGUAGGAGCUUCUCGUGGUGACCCUCGCACCCCCAUCUUUGAGGGGUGCUCUCCUUCCCCCUUGCUGCCCUCUGUUGCCUCUGCUGCUGCUGCCGACCUGCUUGGUCUUGAGUCGGUCGGCGCGGCGUCUGCCCCUAGUGGGAGACGUCGCUCUAGCAAGGGCAAGGGGGGCAAGGGUGCAGGUGGAGCUGGAGGGGGCGGUGGCGGUGGCGGCGGUGGCGGCGGAGGGAGUGGGGGUGGCGGCGGGAGUAGUGGCGGGGGUGGUGGUGGUGGUGGCAGCAGCGGCGGCGACGGUGGUGGUGGUGGCGGAGGUGGUGGUGGUGGCAGCGGCGGAGGUGGAGGCGGCGGAGGUGGAGGCGGUGGAGGCGGCAGCGGAGGAGGCGGUGGUGGUGGAGGGGGUGGAGCUGGUCGGGGUGGUGCCCAGCAGCGUAGCGGCGGUGGUGGUGGCCAGCGCUCGCAGCGGCAGCAGCAGCAGCGCUCGCGGGACAUCCCUCCGCCUCAGCAGCUUCGUGAGUGGUACGCUGGGCGUCAGAGGGGUGGGGGUACUGGUCCCUGCACCUACGUUCUUCGUUCCGGCGACCGCGCGGGUGAGCAGUGUGGGGGUGCCCACGCCGCCCAGCGCUGCUUUGGCCGCCUGACGGACGCUUGGCGUCAGCAGUUCCCUGGGGCUAGUGAGAUCCCUCGCUGGGAUGAGCUUCUUAGGGCUGGUGUAGCGAUCUUUGAUCUUGAUUUUGAUGCUAUCCUUGCUGCUAUGUAUGCUGUGACUUAUAGUGAGGAGAAUGAGGGUUACCGGUGUUUCCAGCCCGACCCGGGCAUUGGUACUGCUGCGCUAGGUGCUUGUGAGGCUGCUGCCCUAGGUGCCAGUGCGUCUGCGCUCUCACGUACUGGUGAGACUGCGCUCUCAGGUACUGCGUCGUCCUCGUCCUCCCUCACUUUCACACUUGACUCCGGGGCUUCUCGCUCCUUCUUUCGAGACCGCACUACACUUACGCCGCUCGGCCGGCCGGUUGCAGUCUCCCUUGCUGACCCCUCUGGGGGUCCUGUCCUGUCUCACUUCUCCACUAUCCUCCCGUGUCCGGCUGCCCCUUCGGGCACCCUGUCUGGUCUGUACCUUCCCUCGUUCUCUACGAACUUGGUGAGUGGCGCGGACCUGCAGGAUGUGGGGGUUCACCAGUUCACUCCUGCGAGUCAGCGGGUGACCCACUGCACGGAGGCACGCACAGGCCGACACCUGGCCACGUUCUCGCGUCGGCCGGGGUCGAGUCUCUACACCCUGACCGUUGAGUCUCCUCCUGUCCCUGCGUCUGGUCAGGUGGCUGCGUCAGGUCAGGUGCUUGCUGCUACGUCCCGGUCAGGUCCUGAGUCUGCCCCCUGUUCUUGUCGCCUCCUGUCUCACGAGACUCUCCUGUGGCACCACCGUCUUGGCCACCCCUCCUUGCCCCGUCUUCGGAGCAUGGCUUCCCGUGUCCUUGUCUCUGGUCUUCCCCAGUCUCUCCCUCCUCUCCCCUCCGGGCCAGGACCUUCCUGUGUCCCCUGUGUCGAGGGUCGCCUCCGGGCUACUCCUCACUCCUCCCACUUCCCCCCGACAGAGGCUCCCCUGCAGACGCUUCACAUGGACGUGUGGGGCCCAGCCCCCGUCCUCCUCCCCUUGCGCAGCAAGGGUGCGGUUACUGAGGUGCUGAUCGACUGGAUCCGCGAGGCUCGUCUCCAGCUCAGGAAGAGCUUCGGCUCGGACUUUCCUGUUCUGCGUCUGCACUCGGACAGAGGCGGAGAGUUCUCUUCUCGCCUUCUGCGAGACUACUGUCGUGCACGGGGGAUCCGCCAGACCUUCACGCUUCCGGACUCACCACAGCAAAAUGGGAUUGCUGAGCGCCGCAUUGGCAUGGUCAUGGAUGUCGCUCGUACGUCCAUGAUGCAUGCGGCUGCCCCCCAUUUUCUGUGGCCGUUUGCGGUGAGGUACGCGGCGCAUCAGCUCAACCUUCACCCCCGGGUCUCUCGGCCUGCGAUGUCCCCAGCCUUGCUGUGGACGGGGAAGGUUGGCGAUGCGUCUGUGUUCCGUGUCUGGGGAUCUCGGGCGUUUGUCCGCGACUUGUCUGCGGACAAGCUGUCCCCUCGUGCUGCUCCCUGUGUCUUCCUUGGCUUCCCCACUGACGCCCCAGGGUGGCAGUUUUACCACCCCUCCUCUCGUCGUGUUCUGUCCUCCCAGGACGUCACGUUCGACGAGUCAGUCCCCUUCUACCGUCUCUUCCCCUACCGCACUCCUUCCCUCCCCCCUCCCCCGGACUUCCUUGUGCCGGUUCCCCCCCCGGUAGACCCCCUCCCCCCUCAGGUUCCUGCCCCCUCAGGUGUGUCCCAGGUAGACGCCGUUGACCCGGUCGAGGUUACUGGUGACUCUGGCGCUGCUGCGGGUGCUGAGCCUGGGGGUGCUGACUCUGGGGGUGCUGUGCGCGGGGGUGCUGAGCCUGGGGGUGCUACUGCUGGGGGUGCUGGGCCUGAGGGUGCUACUGCGGAGGGUACGGAGCCUGGGGGUGCUGAGCCGGGGGGUGCGGUGCCUGGAGGUGCUGGGUCUGGGGGUGCUGGUUCGGGAGCUGCUGAGCGUGGGGGUGCUGAGCUGGGAGCUGCUGAGCCUGGGGGUGCUGCGUCUGGAGCUGCUGAGCCUGGGGUUUCUCCUGCUGCUGCGUCUCGCCGGGAGCCCCUCUCUCCACAGGAGCUGCGCGAGUGGUUCGCUCGCCGCUGGAGGCGUGCUGCUCAGUCUGGAGGUGCUGCUGGAGCUGGAGCUGGAGCUUCCUCGACCGUCGAGGGUGCGGGUGCUGCCGGUCCCGGAGCUGCUGGACCUGCGGGUCCUCCUGGAGCUGGAGCUGCUGAGGGCGUUGGUGCUGAGCCUACUGCUGUUGGUCCUGCCGCAGGAGGUGUGGGUGGCGCUGGUGCUGUCGCUGAGGGUGGUGGUGCUGUCCCUGCUGAGUCUGGAGCUGCCGCGCGGCCUCGGCCGUACUUCGUUCCGCUCCUGCAGCAGGUUCUUGGUCUUUCUCCUCCAGUAGAGGGUCCACCGCCUGUCCAGUCGCAGUCCCUGCUGGAGCCUUCCUCUCCACUGCCUGCUCCCUCUCCUUACACUGGUCCUACUGGAGGUCUUGCUGAGCGUCGUGAGCCUGCGUCUCGUCCCGCGUCGCCUGUUCGUGCUGCCCGCGCUAGUGGUCGCAGUUCGCGUCAGCGUCCUCCUCCUGUCCCUGGCACGCACCGGAUGUCUUUGCGUCCGUCCACUACUCCUCUGCGUGCCCCUUUGCCUUCUCCUCCUGAGUCCUCUCUUCCUGCGCUUGCCGACCCUGAGUCGGACUCUCUUCGUGCUGCCAGUCCUACUGUCACGCGUCUGCUUGCUACUGUCGUCACUGACCCCUCUUUUGAGUCCACUGCUGCGUCUGCUCUAGUCGCUGAGCUCGUCGAAUUUGCUGCUCGCUGUCGUCUCGACUACGCUGCUAGUCUUGUUGCUGAGUCUGCGUCUGUCUGUCCUCCGUACGUCGGGGGUGAGUGUGCUCUUGGCACGGACGUCCUAGAGGACAGGCAGGAGGAGUUCCAGUGUCUAGCGGCUGCUUCACCUCAUCUCGCGUCUGCAGCUAUGGAUGCAGAGAUGGCUUCCUGGAAGUCCACAGGCACCUACGUUGACGCGGUUCCCCCUCCUGGGGCGAACAUCGUCAGUGGCAUGUGGAUCUUCAGGGUGAAGCGGCCGCCGGGCUCUCCACCUGUCUUCAAGGCACGGUACGUUGCUCGUGGCUUCAGUCAGCGGCAGGGAGUUGACUACUUUCAGACCUUCUCUCCCACCCCGAAGAUGACUACUCUUCGGGUGCUGCUGCACAUAGCCGCUCAGCGCGACUACGAGCUUCACUCUCUCGACUUCAGCACUGCUUUCUUGCAGGGUAGCCUGCACGAGGAGAUCUGGCUUCGCCGUCCACCUGGCUUCACUGGGACUUUCCCUCCUGGCACCCAGUGGAGCCUCCGACGGCCAGUCUACGGUCUCCGCCAGGCACCGCGUGAGUGGCACGACACACUGAGGACUACGCUUGCGGCUCUUGGGUUUGCUCCUUCUACUGCUGACCCGUCGCUGUUUCUUCGCACCGACACUUCCCUGCGGCCGUUCUACAUCCUCGUGUACGUCGACGACUUGGUCUUUGCCACAGCGGACACUGCUGGACUCGCCUACGUGAAGUCCGAGCUGCUGAAGAGACACACGUGCACAGACCUGGGUGAACUGCGCAGCUACCUUGGCUUGCAGAUCACUCGGGACAGAGCACGCCGCACCAUUACCUUGACUCAGUCACACAUGGUGCAGCAGGUCCUUCAGCGCUUCGGCUUCACGUACUCCUCGCCUCAGGCCACUCCUCUGCCUACUCGCCACUCACUCUCAGCUCUGCCUUCGGAUGAGUCCGUAGAGUCGAGUGGUCCGUAUGCAGAGCUUGUUGGCUGCCUCAUGUACCUGAUGACCUGCACACGACCUGACCUUGCAUACCCUCUUAGCAUUCUUGCACGCUAUGUUGCUCCUGGGAGACACAGACCAGAGCACAUGGCUGCAGCAAAGAGGGUAUUGCGCUACCUGUGCAGUACGUCGGGCAUGGGGCUAGUGCUUGGAGGGCGGAGUCCAGUGGUCCUUACCGGCCACGCGGACGCUUCUUGGGCUGACGACCAGGCUACGCAGCGGUCGUCACAGGGUUACACCUUCAGCCUUGGUUCCAGCUCUGUCUCGUGGCGGUCUAGUCGGUGA